AUGACAGUGACGAGCUUCCAAGCCAUAAGAAAAAUUUCGAAGUACUUCCUUGACCCACCAGCCGAGGAACAUAUUCACGUCCUAGUCGAACCACCCGUGUCAACUACUGCUUCGAACAAGGUAUUGGAAUUAAGGGAGAAACUCGCUUCGUUGCAGGUUACUCAACAAUCCGAAACGGACGAAGGGUUUGUGAAUAUCGAACAUGCAACUCUUGAAGGUCUCAAAACUCCAUACGUGGGAUGUCCCCAACACCCAGCACUCGAGAAUGAUGGUGCAGUAUUUAACAUGUUAAAUGACAGUGGAAAAUACUUUCCUCAUAACGAUCAAGACCUGCGUGAUAUUCUUCAGAUGUUCGUGUCAAAAAAUAAUCUUAAGUUCACCGUGUUCAUUGAGACUCCCUCGAAAGCUUUUUCGGAUUGGACUCUCAGUUCGGUUUACCAGCUUUACGGUCUUGGCGGCGAAUCAGAAGAACCAUCAAUGACAUCCUUCCCUGUUUUUUCGUGCGGAAACGUUAAGCCAUCCCAGGAAUCGUUAGGACUCAUGGCAGAGUUAAAAUCAAUAACCCCCAUCAAUUUACUUUCAAUCGAAGCCACGAAGUCAUUAUACGUCUAUUCUUACCUGCUCGCUGGGGCGAACAAUUUCAAGGGGAAGUUUUACAUCCGCCCUCAAAAAGUUAUUUCUGGACCGAACGGGCAUGGACCUCUCGACUUUGCAAUUGACCUGCGCUGA